GGCGCGCCAGAAUCGUCCACCACGGUUCCGUGUGGAACAGGCGUACAUCACGCCGGCGAACGUCUGGCACUGGGCCCGACAGCUCAAGAAGAUCGACGUGGUCGUAAUCGACAUUGACACCUUCGAAUGCCCCGUCCUUGAAGCGCUUCUGGACGGUGCCAUGGGUGAGAGGCGGCAGUUGCCUGCGCUCCUGAAUUUGGAGAUCAACAUGCUCGUGCCUCCGCCCUUCAAAUUUUCCCGUGGAUAUGGCCUGCACGAUGCGAGGCUUUGGGCACAGCAAUACUCGACAACGAGCUGUUCGUUGAGCUAUGCAAUCAGGUCUUUCAGCGCUCGUGGCUACGAGCUCUUGACCUUUGGUUACGACGCCAUCUUCGUGCGGCGUGAUCUGACCCCGCUCUACAGUGCGGCCCGGCCAGCGCUGAAAUUUCCUCAGGAUGAGUUCCUCUGCUAUCGCCGCUCCAUCAUCACCACCUGCAGCCGUCCGAUUCGAUUCGUUCGCGAGUGGUUCUUCCGCGCGAAUGAUCCCGAAGACUUGCACCUCUCGCUCGAGAGCAUGUGGCACAACAUCACUCAACUGUCAGAGUUCGAAGGCAUGAAGACCAUGCCCUUCUCGCUCUUCAUCUGA